GCUAAGCAACAGCAACAUACUUUGUUCGGCUCUGAUAAACCCCACGUGUCUCUAACGUUAUCAGAAUUUGAUCCGUCCACCAUUCAAGUUCGCGGAGCGCUAAACAGGAAGCAAACAUGAAACGAAAACAGACGACAAUAUUUCAAUGUUUUCCGAAGUUUCCCCUAUUACCACUACGGAAGAAGAGCCAGGUCAGGCGGCUGUCCUAAAGGUGACAGAGAACGAGCCCGGCGCUACCGCAAAUGUACCCGAUGAGAGCUCCUGGCCAGCCUUGUGGACUGAAAGUCAGGCUAUGGAAUUUAAGAACAGGCAUCCUUGGUUAGAGUGGAGGGACAGAAAGUUAGGUUGUGCUCUUUACAGCGCAACACAAUCAACAGGUGUCCUCACAGAACAACGAGUGUCUAUGUCUGAGGAGUGGGUGCACUUUAAGAUCCAGUCCUCAGAUUCAAGCAGAUCAACAUCUCUGGCCUCUUUGAGAAACAAGAUUAGACGACAUGAGACGUCCAGAGCACACAAAAUAGCCCAGGAGCUCACGGAGAAGGGUGGACAGGAUGUAGUUGGAAAUGUGGUGAGAGCUGUGUCAGAGACUGUGUUUGCAGAGACAGAUUCUGUAUUCAGAACAGCAUAAUAUCUUGCGAAGAUGAACCGACCUUUUACUGACCAUGAUAGUCACAUUGAGCUUCAGGAAAAAAAUGGUGCCAACAUGGGCACUAGUCUGCACUCAAGGUACAGUUCCACAAAAAGUGUAGAACACAUAGCAAAAGAGAUGCAGAAAAAAAUAGUUCACAGUAUUGUGACGUCUUCUAGCAAGUUGUCUGUUCUCAUUGACGAGGCUACAUCUAUCAGCCACAAAUCUGCAAUGAUUGUCAACUUGAAAG